CGCGGCCGCUGGCUCCUGGCGAGAUCCCCGCGCCCCGGCGGCUGGUGCUGGGAGCCCGGAGCCCUGGCUGCAGCCGGGAGAGGGGAAUCUCCAGCAGGGCCCUUCCCGCUGCUCCCCAGGAGCCUCUCCCAGGGCAGAGCCCCCAGCCCGGCCCGGCCCCUGCCCCGGGGGGCCCCGCUCGGAGGGAAGGCUGAGGAAUCAGGUCCACGUUUCACUUCUGAUCGUCCCAUCCUCCUAGGAAACAGGGAAGGGAAGUGGCUGUGGUGGAGCCAACUCAGGAUUCCCUAUUACCAAACCUGACCUGAUCACCAGAUUGGAACGAGGGGAAGAACCGUGGAAUCUUCAGGCCUCCAAGGAAAGGGAGAUCCUGAAAGGCACCCACACAGCGUGGAGAGCUCACCUAGCAACUUCCCAGCUCAGCAUGCCGGCUCCACGAGGCAGACGGGCUCCUGCCUGGAGUACGCCAGAGGUGGUGGAUCUCCUGGGCCUGUGGGGACAGGGAGACGUGCAGGCACAGCUCCGGAACAGCCGUCGAAACUUCGACGUCUACAGCCAGAUUGCUCGGGGCAUGGAGGAGAAGGGCUACGACAGGGACCCACAGCAGUGCCGCGUGAAAAUCAAGGAGCUGCGGCAGGCGUACCAGAAGGCAAAGGAGGCAAAUAGUCGCUCCGGUGCGGAGCCGCAGACGUGCCGCUUCUACAAGGAGCUGCACGCCAUCCUCGACGGCGACUCCACCUCCACCGUCAAGCAUCCUGUGGAUACUUUGGGGGACCUGGAGUCACAGGCCACCGGGGUGAACCCUGAGAUCGAGGUGAUGAUCAAGGAAGAGGAGGACGAGGAAGAGGAGGAGUAUGGGGGACAGGCGACAGGGGGAUCUGGUGGCGUGGCGAGCCAGGACUUCUUUUUGACUCCUGAGCAGUCUAGCCAGUCCCAGCAGUCCAGCCCCGGUGAGCCUGAUGCAGGGGAGGGAACCUCUGCAGCUGCAAAUGCGGCCUUGAGGGCCUCUCCGUCCACGCCAGAGGAACGGCUGGGCCAGGUGAGGAGGAGAAAGAAGAGGACAAGGGAAGACAUGUUUCAGGAGGUCCUGCGAGCCUCCCGCGCUUCGGAGCGCGAGCAGAGGGCUUGGAGGAUAAUGAUAAAUGACAAAAUGCAGAGGGAUAGCGAGGACAGGAGAAACGGGCAGCAAGAGAUGAUCACAUUGCUCCGGGAGCAGACAGACAUGCUGCGGUCUCUGAUCGAACUUCAGGCCGAACACAUCCGUGCUCGCCUCCCCCUGCAGCCCAUAGAGAACUGCAUUCCGGGACCUCCCUAUACUGGCCUCCACAUAUCUUCUGGGCCCGCAGCAGUACCCCAGGCACUCCACCCCACGGAAGAUUACACACAGUGACAGUUGCACGUACACCCAGCUGUGAGAGCCUCUUGGGUGUGUAUGCUUGUGAAUUCCCUCUUCCUUCCCCUUCAAAGAUACUUUCCCCUGUAUGUAUGAAGUUUUUACUUUAGCAUUACCUAGGUAUGUUUGCAUAGGUGUGGAAUAAACAUGUAAAUUCA